AUGUACGGCGCGAGCGGGGGCCGCGCCAAGGCCGAGCGCAAGGGCGGCGCGGAGGAGGCCGGGCCCGGCGCGGCGGGCGCGGGCGGCGGCCGGGCGGAGCUGCUGGUCUUCGGCUACGCCUGCAAGCUCUUCCGCGACGACGAGCGCGCGCUGGCGCAGGAGCAGGGACAGCACCUCAUCCCCUGGAUGGGGGACCCCAAGAUCCUCGUCGACAGAUACGACGGGCGUGGUCACCUGCAUGACCUCUCUGAGUACGAUGCCGAGUAUUCCACCUGGAACAGAGACUACCAGCUUUCUGAAGAGGAGGCUCGAAUAGAGGCCCUGUGUGAUGAAGAGAGGUAUUUAGCCUUGCAUACGGACUUGCUUGAGGAGGAGGCAAGGCAAGAGGAAGAAUACAAGCGGUUGAGUGAAGCCCUGGCAGAGGACGGGGGCUAUAACGCAGUGGGGUUCACCUACGGCAGCGACUAUUACGACCCGUCAGAGCCGACGGAGGAAGAGGAGCCUUCCAAACACAGAGAAAAAACCGAGGCUGAAAAUUCAGAGGAAAACGAGGAGCCUUUCGUUGCCCCUUCAGGAUUGAACGUGCCACCUGACGUGGAGCUGCCGCCCACAGCCAAGAUGCACACCAUCAUCGAGCGCACCGCCAGCUUUGUGUGCAGGCAGGGUGCGCAGUUCGAGAUCAUGCUCAAGGCCAAGCAGGCCCGGAACUCCCAGUUCGACUUCCUGCGCUUCGACCACUACCUCAACCCCUACUACAAGUUCAUCCAGAAAGCCAUGAAGGAGGGGCGCUACACGGUGCUGGCCGAGGGCAGGGCCGACGAGAGGAAGAAGCCAGGGCUCAGCUCAGAUGAGGAGGACGAGGAGGACGAUGGGAACUACCUGCACCCCUCGCUCUUCGCCUCCAAGAAGUGCAGCCGCCUGGAGGAGCUCGUGAAGCCUCUGAAGGUGGUGGACCCAGAUCACCCCCUGGCCGUGCUGGUCCGGAAAGCCCAGGCUGACAGUCCAGCCCCACCCCAGCCCGCCGUGGAAGGCGGCACCGCCGCACAGCCCCCCGUGGAGGAGUACGCGGCUGACUCGACGGUGGCCGCCAUGUACUACAGCUACUACAUGCUGCCGGACGGCACCUGCUGCCUGGCUCCCCCCCCGCCCGGGGCCGACGUCACCACGUACUACAGCGCCCUGCCUGCCGGGGUGGCUGUGUCCGGCUCGGCCGGGGUGACGGCCGCCGCCCCGCCCCCUCCCGGGACCACACCACCGCCACCCCCCACCACUGCGGAGACCAGCACUAGCGGCGGCAGUGGCGCGGGGACCCCCACCACCAUCACCACAAGUGCCCUUGCUCCCGUGGCAGCCAUCAUCCCCCCGCCGCCCGACAUCCAGCCGGUCAUUGACAAGCUGGCCCAGUACGUGGCUCGCAACGGCCUCAAGUUCGAGGCCAGUGUCCGCGCCAAGGACGACCGGAGGUUCGAGUUCCUGCAGCCCUGGCACCAGUACAACGCCUACUACGCGUUCAAGAAGCAGUUCUUCCUCCAGAAAGAAGGGGGCGAGAGUGCACAGGCUGCUCCAGCCCCCGAGGAGACCCCCGCGGAGGCGGCCCCCGAGCAGCUGGGCGAGGCCGGGGAGGAAGGUGCCCCCGAGGACCCGGCCGACGGGAGUGGGAGAGGCGGCACCGGUGGAAAGAAGGAGGCGUCUUCUGCCAAAAGCCUGGCGGACGGGAAGCUGGUGAAAGCCUCGUUUGCCCCGAUCAGCUUUGCCAUCAAGGCUAAAGAGAACGACCUGCUGCCCCUGGAGAAGAACCGCGUGCGGCUGGACGAUGACAGUGACGAGGACGAGGAGAGCAGAGAGGGCCAUGAGGGGGCCAGCAGCGCCCCCAACCCCAGCCCUGUCACCCCGCCCUGCGCCACCGCCGAGGAGAAGCGGCCGCAGCUCACCCAGGAGGAGCUGGAGGCCAAGCAAGCCAAGCAAAAGCUGGAGGAUCGGCUCGCCGCCGCUGCCAGGGAGAAGCUAGCCCAGGCGUCCAAGGAGUCCAAGGAGAAGCAGCUGCAGGCUGAGCGCAAGCGGAAGGCGGCCCUGUUCCUUCAGGCCCUGAGGAGCCCGCUGCCGGAGGCGGAAGCCGGGAAGGUGGAGGAGAGUCCCUGCAGCGUGGAGGAGUCCAGUGCCAUGCCCGGCCCUGUGCUGAGUGGAGGCCGGCCUAUGCCGGCUGCUGACAUGAAGCCCCCGGAAGGGCCAUCCAGCAGGAGCAGAGACGCCCCCAGGGAGGAGGAGCGUGAGAGGAAGAAGAAGAAGCACAAGAAGCGCUCGCGGACGCGGUCACGCUCCCCCAGGUGCCACGCGUCCUCCCGGCCCCGCUGCCGGUCCCGCUCCAAGGCCAAGCACUGCCUGCCCAGCGCCUACCGCACAGCCCGGCGCUCCAGGUCCCGCUCCCGGUCCCCUCGGAGGAGGCCUCACUCUCCAGAGCGGCGGCGGGAAGACAGGAGCGUCCCUACUGCCUACCGGAUGAGCAACAGCCCCGGCGUCAGCCGCAAGCGCACCCGGUCCAGAAGCCCCCACGAGAAGAAGAAGAAGAGGCGCUCGCGGUCCAGGACCAAGUCCAAGGCCAGGUCCCGGUCGGGGUCCCCGAGCAGGCAGGCGGCGCGGCGGCACUCGGCCCACUCGGCCAGCGUCUCUCCCGCGGAGAGCCGGGGCUCCAGCCAGGAGCGCUCCAGAGGGGUUUCUCAGGAAAAAGACGGUCAGAUCUCUUCAGCGAUUGUCUCUUCCGUGCAGAGCAAAAUCACUCAGGACCUCAUGGCCAAAGUCAGAGCGAUGCUCGCGGCUUCCAAAAACAUGCAGACCAGCGCCUCCUGAGGGCGCCCCGGCCCGGGCCGCCUGCCCGGCUCCCUGGGCCGCCGCUGUUUUGUAAAUUAACUUUUGAUGACAUUUUCAGUUUAAGAUUUUUGACCAGCAGUCUCUUACCUGUAUAUUUGUAAAUAAUAUCAUGUUUCUGUGAAAAUGUAUUAACAAAUAAAAUGGGGAAAAAAUAUUU